AAUAGCACUUUGAGUGCCUUGGUGGAGCUCCAGCCAUACCCAAUUCGAUCAGCGUUAGAAAGAAAGAGAAGAAGAAGAAGAAGAAGAAGAGAAGAGAAGAGAGUGAUGCCGAAGAGAACAACACACACGUACUCGAGCGAGGACGCAGCUCCAGAUGGACCUGACUCUGAUCUCUUCGUCUACUACUGCAAGCACUGUGGAUCUCACCUCCUCAUAACUGAUACCCAGUUGCAGAAAAUGCCCAAAAGGAAGACUGACAAAGCUUAUGUGUUGGACAAGAGCAAACAUCUUGCAAGGCUUAACAUUGCUGAGGCUGGAAAAGUUGUAUUGAAAAGGGGUGAGGGGAAAAUGGAGAAGCAAUUUCGUAUGAACUGUGUGGGUUGUGGACUCUUUGUUUUCUAUCGCUCAGAAGAAGAUUUGGAAGGUGCUUCUUUCAUAUAUGUUGUUGAUGGUGCUCUAAGCACGGUUGCUGCUGAAACCAACCCACAGGAUGCUCCUGUGCCACCCUGCAUUUCAAACCUAGAUGGGGGACUCGUUCAAGUGGCUAUAGAAGUGGAAGACCGUGCACAACGGUCAGCAAUCACAAGAGUGAAUGCUGAUGAUGUUAGAGUUACUGUGGCUGCACCUGCAGCUCGGGGAGAAGCAAACAAUGAACUCUUGGAGUUCAUGGGCAAAGUGUUGGGUCUGAGACUAAGCCAGAUGACUCUUCAGAGAGGGUGGAAUAAUAAAUCGAAACUCCUUGUGGUGGAGGAUUUGUCUGCUAGGCAAGUAUAUGAGAAACUUCUAGAGGCUGUUCAACCUUGAGGUUGUACAAUUUACAUGUCAAUUGUAAUGAAAGAUAAGAUCCAUUCAACUUGUACAUUUACCCUGGACAUCCUGGACUUCAAAUUAUUCUUCUGUCAACUAAUGCAUUGUUGCAAUGUCAAAAAUUCAAUUGUACAACUUGAGUCUAUUUGAUGAUAAUUCCAGUUAAUUAUGUCUGUAGUCUUGCCUUUGCUAUUAAUCAAGAAUUGGUCAUUUGGAGUAGUUA